AUGAUUCAGAGGAGCCGUACUUAUUUGUAUAACGAUAAAACUAUUACCGAGAGUAGCGCCCGUGCCAUGCUCAGCUAUCUAGUGUCGAUCGCUCGUCAAUUGUCAACCAAGACAUUUCAAGCCAUGGCCCGCCAACAGCUAGAAAGAUAUGCAGCUCUCGAACGAGCCGGCUUCAAGGUCGAUCCGUUUGGGGAUAUCUAA